UUGAUCCGCUGCCCUCGACCUCUGGGAGAGGGAGACGCCACGGCCAUAACCCUCGAGUUCAUUUCCAAAACCCCUCUUAAGCCCACGCUGCCUUGGUUGUCCAGUAAAGUGCAGCAAACUAUGUAUCUUUCGCGGCGAAUACUCUCCAAAGCCUCGCAUCUCCGUCACUUCUCACAAGCCGCCGUAGCCGUGGUCCACCAAGAACCUCUUGACCUCCCACCAUUCACGUAUCUCGAGGGUUUUCCGAAGCCCGACUCCAGAUACGCUGAGACGAUCCUUGCUAUACCUCGCUCCACUUCAGGAAGUAUCAUUUCUGCCAAAGAGCGCAAGGCUGGACGAGUUCCCAGCAUCGUCUUCGAGCAAGAGGAUGGCCAGCACGGGGGCAACAAGCGCCUCAUUUCCGUCCGUACCAAUCAGAUCCGAAAGCUCGUCAACCAUCUCGGUCGAUCCUUCUUUUUGUCCAGACUCUUUGACCUGGAGGUUCGGACGGAGUUCGAGUCUGAAGAGAUUGUAGAAAAGAUUCGUGUUUUGCCCAGGCUGCUUCACCUGCAUGCAGGCAGUGAUGAACCGUUAAAUGUCACAUUCAUAAGGGCUCCAUCAUAUGCUUUUUUGAAAGUUAACGUUCCUCUUGUAUUCAGAGGAGAAGAUGUGUCCCCUGGAUUGAAGAAAGGUGCUUAUUUGAAUACCAUCAAGAGGACUGUCAAGUACCUAUGCCCCGCAGAUAUCAUCCCUCCAUAUAUCGAUGUGGACUUGAGUGAGUUAGAUGUGGGACAGAAGUUAGUUAUGGGGGACCUCAUGGUUCAUCCUGCACUAAAACUUCUUCAGUCAAAACACGAACCUGUUUGUAAAAUUAUGGGUCAAAGGGUCUCUGAGCAAAGGAAAUCUAAAUAACUGCUUUUUAUUUCCGGCAGUUGAUACUGCUGCAGAGGGGCAUUUUGUAGCUAACCUGUACAAUCCUUGCUCAUUAUAUUGGUUGAUUCUUGGUAGCAGUGAAGGGGACACAGAAUUUCAGUGCAAGCUAUUUCUUCCUUCCCGUUUCUGCGUUCUUUCGGAUUCUUACCUUUUCCCAGCCUCCAAUUCUCUCUGUUGCGUCUUUUGGCCGAAAUGAGGACACUGGGGAUGAGAAAAGGGGAAUUCGGGCUUUGGCUAUUUCAAUCCAUUAUAGAUGUUACUGUACUGGGACCGAUAGAAGCAGAGAACUGUCAGGAAGUACUUAUUAAUUAAUAAUCAGCUCAGGCUGGUCUAAUAUUAAAUCUUUCUGAUGCA